CAGUACGCGCGCACUCCAAAACCUCCGCGCCAAAAAUCGCUUUUUACCGUCAACGGCCGAAUAAACUGACACGAAAUUUCGGCACGUUUUAUGAUAAGGCGAAUAAAUGAAAAAACUUUUUGAAAAGUUCAAAAAAUUCGCUUAUUUUUUUAACAGUGUACGGUUUGAUAAAGGUGUGACUAAACUGUAAAUUUAUUUGCCAUUUGUUUGAGUCGUUUGUUUAAAGUAAUUUAGGACUUAAUGGUGAUUUUUUUUCGCAACAAGACUGACUUAAAGAUCAGCAUCUAACAUGUCAACAACUGCCUGUCGUCAGCAAACAAGAGGUACAGUAGACCGAAACCAAGCGACCAGGGGACAACCAAAUUGUUAAUGUAAUGCGAAAUACACUAAAUGAGACCGCAUGCGCGGCCCUACUGGAAAACGUCAAUUGGAUAAAUGCGACAGCACUACUAAAACUCGCCAUUUUGUUAUCAAUAGACGUCUUGGUGAUUGUCGGGAACUGCUUAGUUAUUGCUGCCGUAUUGUGCUCGUCGAAGCUUAAAUUAGCGGCGACUAAUAUAUUUAUCGCCUCCCUAGCAGUCGCUGAUUUAAUGGUUGGAGUUGUUGUGCUGCCGUUUUCAUCAGUCUGGGAGGUUUUUAAGGUUUGGACUUUCGGCUGGAUCUGGUGUCGGAUAUGGCUAGCAGUUGACGUCUGGAUGUGUACCGCUUCGAUUUUAAACCUUUGCGCUAUUUCCCUGGAUAGAUACGUAGCUGUUACUCGGCCUAUCACUUAUCCCAGUAUCAUGUCGAAAUCCAGAGCUAAAAUGCUCGUUGCUGGACUUUGGGUACUGAGUUUCGUCAUUUGUUUCCCUCCUUUAGUUGGUUGGGAAGACUCUAAGUCCGCUAAAAGCGAGUCUAACGCAUCCCUUUUGGAAGACAAUCCCGAUUGCCCUUGGAAAUGCGAAUUGAUUAACGAGUCUGGAUACGUAGUUUAUUCAGCUCUCGGUUCGUUUUAUAUACCAAUGUUCGUGAUGUUGUUUUUUUAUUGGAGGAUAUACAAGGCAGCAGUUAGGACUACGCAGGCCAUCAACCAGGGGUUUAAAAUUACAGGUCCUUCUGGAAACCGUUUCGAGCAUCAGAGGUUAACUUUAAGGAUUCACCGUGGGCGUGGUAGCUCAACAAAGGCUUCUUAUGGAUCUCCAAAUGGAAGCAGCUAUACCGCUACUACUAACAGUAGUGCAUCCCCUAGUCCCAGAAGGAGCCACGAUCGAAAGCAUGAGAGGGUUAAAAUAAGCGUUAGCUACCCUUCAAAUGAAAAUAUGUCAUCUGCUUCUUCUUCCCCGCAGCUGUUAACAGUAACUCCAACGUCUCCGUCUACCAGUCAUCCCUCAUACGUGGUCCAUUACUCAGUAAAUGGAAAAGACUUGUCAAAUACCGUGCCAUGUCUUACCCAAAAUACCGAGAAUGACAAUUACUUGAAAGUGAAUAGAUGUAUAGGAAAAUUAAAUAGUAAAAGACGCUCGAAUAGCGUCGAUAGUGGCCAAAGAGCACGGAGUGCAAGCCCUUGUCGAAGUGACGAAACGGAAAACUCUGGAAAAUCCAAGUUAACUACAAGAAGGAUGGGGAAAAGGAACAUAAAAGCGCAGGUUAAGCGCUUCCGUAUGGAAACCAAAGCGGCAAAAACCCUUGGAAUAAUUGUCGGGGGUUUUAUCGUAUGCUGGCUCCCAUUCUUCUCCAUGUACCUCGUCCGGGCGUUCUGCAAAGACUGUAUAAACCCCCUGGUAUUUUCGAUACUUUUUUGGCUGGGAUACUGCAACAGCGCCAUUAAUCCCUUAAUUUACGCGCUUUUCUCCAAGGACUUUAGAUUUGCCUUUAAGAAAAUUAUUUGCCGCUGCUUUUGUACCGAUAAUGGAUCGCGUGGAUCACGGAGAGGAUCUGAAGGGUCUCAACUGCAGGGUCGUCACAACAGAUCUCCAAGCUACAACAUGCAGCCGCACUCUCUCGGUGAAGAGAGUGACACGAAAGAUAAUUCAGAUUCGAGGUGACGUAAAGGAAAAAGAGGAAACGCAUUUGACUUUGACGUUGACACGAAUAACGUAUUCAAGUUGGCGGUGAGCGUGGUGAUCGGGUGACAUAUGAAGGGCGCAGAAGCCACUUCUGACGUGUAGACUUAAUCUUCGAUGAGAUGACCUUAUUUAUGAAUUUGCUGUAAGAUAUAUUGUAUGUCGGAAAUCAGUGUAUUAAUGCUUAUAUGAGCCGUCUUAGUUAAAAAAAAAAGAAGAUAAGUGUUAGAUUAGAGUUUACUGCUACAUUCUGUAUCUUACGCCAGUACAGAUAUAUUAUAUGUGUAUAGUCCAGAGAACAUGUAUAGAUAGAUGUAAGUCCCCCUACUCACCUCUUCUAGAUUUUGACUAAAUUUGGGAGUAAAUAGACAGUUUGAGUGUUCAAAAUGGCCGAUAAUUUGAGCGAAGAACUGUAGCUCCUUCUAGUUUACUCAAUUUUUAGGCUGUUUCGGAAAAUUUUGCCAAAAUAUUCAAUUUUUUUUUACUCAUAGCAUUUUGUACCUGAUAACAGAGAGAGGGUUUAUUAUAAUGAAUUAAAAAAUAUCGACAAAACAUAUUGUGAAUAAGAAAAAAAUAUAUAUGUGUAUUAAAUGUACUUAAAUAUUCCUCUAUGCUAAACAUAGAUUAUAUAAAAAAAUAUAAACCUUGAUAUAAAUAUUGUAAGCUAUUCUUCUGUAAAUUUCCCUUUAAAAAUAUAUUUAAACAUAUGUUAUACAUAAAAAUAUAUAUGAUGGACUUCUAAUA